AUGGGGAGUGGCGGCGGGCUCUGCGUUCAGACCGCCCCGGAGGCGGGGCCUCGGCUUCCCAUCCGGCCUCCAAGAGUCUGGGCCCGGACCCCCGCGUGUGUGCAUUGGUGUGUGCGCGGGGCUGUGCUCGCGCGCGCUGCAAACCGCGUAGUUUGCAGACGCUCCCCGGCCCGGCCGGAGAGAACGUGCUGCGGGGCCGGGGCCAGUGGCCAGCGCGGGGGCCGCCCCUUCCCGGCGCGCGCCAUGCCGGACUCGGACUCUGGCCGAGAUGCCCAGCCCGACCUCUACCGCGACACGUGGGUGCGCUACCUGGGUUAUGCCAAUGAAGUGGGAGAGGCCUUCAGAGCAAUCGUGCCCACUUCUGUGGUGUGGCUGAGUUACGGGGUGGCCAGCUCCUAUGUGGUGGCCGACGCUGUGGACAAGGGCAAGAAGACCAGAGCUGCCCUGAGCCCAGAGUCGGGCAGGACCGCCAAGGUGGCGGUGGCCGUGAUGGAUACAUUCAUCUGGCAGGCACUGGCUUCUGUGGCCAUCCCGGGCUUCACCAUCAACCGUCUGUGCGCCACUUCUCUCUACGUCCUCAGCAGAGCCACCAGCUGGCCCCUGGCUGCCCGCAAGUGGACGACCACGGCCCUGGGGCUGAUGGCCAUACCCGUCAUCAUUCACCCCAUCGACAGGUCAGUGGAUUUCCUGAUGGACUCCAGCCUACGUAAACUCUACCCUUCUCAGGAGAAGCCCAGCUCCGCUUGACGCCUCCAGCCCUGCCUUGGGCCCAGCUCUUCCCGCAUGCCAACUGAUGCCUCAUCCUCCUGGGAACCUCCAAAGUGGGGGCCUGGGGACCUGAAAUCAUUGGAGCUCAGAUCAUCAGAGGAGGAGACUGAUGGCCAGAGUGGAGGGAAGCACAUUCCCUAGGUUAUACUGUGAAGUCAGUGGUAGAGCCAGUUCCUGGGACUCCUGGGUUGUGGUUUCUCUCACUGCCCCCCCCCAACCAAACUAACACUGUGUAAGAAGCAUCACCCUCCCCCCACCCCACCCUGCCCCAUUUCUUUAGCAUUUACAAAGUGCUUUCCCUCCCAGCAACACUGAGGGGGACUUAGUGCCAGUAUUAUUAGCCCCAUUCAAUGGAUGAGGAAACUGAGGCUCAGGGAGGGAAAACGAUUUGCCCAAAGUUGCUCAGGGAGAAUUCUGGGGGCGUGAAAUGCCAAUCAGAUCGGGUGGUGGUCUCUCUGGAAGCAGGGAUGGGGGGAAACCCAGAAUACUGUGACCUAAUUGUGGGAGCUGGGAAGACCCCUCCCUCCCACGUCUCUGUCCUGGGGAAGGCUGCCCAGAGGAGGGCCUGGUGAGUGACCCUGCAGGACUCUCGAGGUGCUCAAUAAACACAAUUCACGUCUAGCA